AGACGAACUCCUUGAGAAAGGUUGGAUUAGACCCAGUUCGUCUCCUUUUGGAGCACCAGUCUUGUUUGUCCCGAAAAAGGAAGGAGAGCUUCGUAUGUGUAUAGACUAUAGGGGUUUCAAUGUGAUUACUGUAAAGAAUGUUGAGCCACUGCCCAGGAUAGACGAUCUUUUAGAUUGGGUGCAGGGUUGUAAGUAUUUCUCCAAGAUAGACUUGAAGUCUGGUUAUCAUCAGAUAGAGGUCCAUCCUGAUGACCAGUACAAGACUGUGUUCCGGGCUAGAUACGGGCACUAUGAGUUUAUAGUGAUGCCUUUUGGACUAACCAACGCGCCAGCCACUUUUCAGCGUUGUAUGAAUGAUUUGUUCAGACCAUGGUUAGAUAAGUUUGUAGUAGUUUAUCUAGAUGAUAUCCUAGUUUUUAGUAAGACCCUCCAAGAGCACCAGGGUCAUCUGAGGCAGGUCUUGGAGAAGCUACGAGAGGCUAGCUUCAAGAUCAACGCAAAGAAGUGCGAGUGGGCCAAGACACAAGUCCUGUACUUGGGCCACGUGUUGGACGGAGAUGGCAUUAAGCCAGAGGACAGUAAGAUAGCGGCGAUUAGAGAUUGGUCGACGCCCCGCACACUGACAGAGUUGCGGUCGUUCCUAGGCUUAGCUAACUACUAUAGGAAGUUCGUGAGGAACUUCUCCACUAUCGCCGCUCCCUUGCGCAGGUUGCUUAAGAAAGAGGCCAUCUGGCAAUGGGACAAAAAUUGUAUGUCUGCGCUAAAGAGAUUGAAGCGCGCACUCAUAGAGUACCCUAUCCUCAAAGUAGUUGAUCCGUCCUUGCCAUUUGUCGUCACCACGGACGCAAGUCAGUAUGGGAUAGGCGCCGUGUUGCAGCACGAUGACCGCAAUGGCUAUAGACCCGUAGAGUUCAUGUCUGCUAGGAUGCCCUCAGAGAAGGUAGCCACCUCGACGUACGAGAGAGAACUCUACGCUCUCAGGCAGGCUCUAGACCACUGGAAGCAUUACCUGCUUGGGAGGCACUUCAAAGCGUAUUCUGACCACGAGACUCUUAGAUGGUUAAAGACCCAGGCCAAGAUGACACCUAAGCUAACUAGGUGGGCCGCUGAGAUAGACCAGUACGACUUUGAGCUCAAGCCAGUAAAGGGCAAGUACAACGUAGUUGCGGACGCUCUGAGUAGGAGAUCAAACUACUUUGGAGCCAUAGUACACUAUCUGGAUAUAGGGAUAGACCUGCAGGAGAAGGUGAAGCAAGCGUAUGCGCAGGACCCUAUCUAUAGCGACCUCCUAAAGAGAGUUAGAGAUGCCCCAGAGACUGAGCCAGAUUACCGCACUACAGAGGCAUUACUGUUUGAGAAGACUAAUGUGUUUGACCGCCUGUGCGUUUCCAACAACAAAGAGAUUCGUAGUUUGAUCCUAGGGGAAUGCCACGAUAUUGAGGGACAUUUUGGUUGGCAAAAGACAUUAGCCAAUCUAAUGCGUGCGUACACCUGGCCAGGGAUGAAGAAUGACUGCAUAGAAUAUGUUCGCAGUUGCAAAGUGUGCCAGAGGAAUAAGACUACUACGCGUGCCCCUCUAGGUCUUCUCAGACCCUUGCCUAUUCCGGAUCAGCCGGGAGACUCAGUGUCCAUAGACUUUAUGGACACCCAAGUCAAGAGUAGACAUGGUAAGAGCCAAGUCAUGGUCAUAGUUGACCGUUUUAGUAAGUAUGCAGUCUUUGUUCCUUUGCCUGCAGAGGCACGUACAGACUUAGUUAUACAAAAGUUCUUUGACUUCUGGGUUAGUGAGAAUGGAAUCCAAUUGUCAAUAGUUAGCGAUAGAGAUAGUCGUUUCACCAGCCAGAAUUGGCAAGAACUCAUGAGAGUCUACGGAUCUAAGUUGUUAAUGUCGUCCGGCCGCCACCCAGAGACUAACGGUCAGACUGAACAGAUGAACCAGAUCCUACAGCAAGUUCUGCGCAUGUACAUUAGACCUGAUCAGAUCAACUGGGAUGAGAUGUUGCCCAAGGUAGCUAGCGCAUACAACAACAACAUGCAUCUGUCCACCUGUCGCACUCCCAAUGAGUUGCACAGGUCCUUUAGGCCGCGCAGACCAUUCGAAGUACUGAACCGGGAUCAGAUACACAGGCUACCGCCCGGUACCAAGGAGUUUGUGAUACAGCACGAGAAAAGAUUAGCAACUGUUGUUGAGAAUCUCCGGAAGGCCCAACAUAGGAUGAUAGAACAGGCUAAUAAGCAUCGUCGCCCAUCACAGUUUCAAGUAGGCGACUUAGUCUAGGUCAAGGCAAAAAAGUUUGCACCUGAAGAAAACAUCUCGCUGAAGUUACUGCCUGCAUAUAGAGGACCGUGGCCGGUUCUA